AUGGCCAUCGGAAUUAAGCACUCUGAAGACCAGAUCAAGGAUCCGCCCACAAGUAUCCUCCAAUUCUUCAGCUUUGCCAUCAACAUCAAGUCUGAGCAACCCCAUCGCAUCAGCCACAGCACCAAACUCUUCCACAAGCGAUGGACCCUUCUCUACGUCGCAAGAGAGACCUUCUGGAAAGACGUCAUCUGCGCAACUUGGUCUGAUCCAUACCCAAAUCCGAUAAUACACAAAUCUGUGCCACCUGAGGGCGAUCAGGGCGAUCAGGGCGAUCAAGGCGAUCAGGGUGAUCAGGGCAGUCUAGGCCGCCAGGGCGGCCUGGGACGGACGCCUGAGGGGAACAAUCAGCCGCGACCCACGUUUAAUGUCACAGCAAAGGGGAACGAGGUCAUCAUAAACAGCGAGAUAUAUAGUUCGCUAAAACCCGACCAGACCACGACCGUCAGCGUUGAUGGGGGCAAGUUUACGAUUUAUCCCACAGCCAUUGUUGGCUUAGGGGGCACUGUUGCGAAACCACCCCCUUCCCCGACUAAAUUUGGCGUCCCGUCGCCGACGAACGGCACUGUCGGCGGACUAGACGUGUCCUUGUCUGGCUCACAGGUUGCCAUUGGCGGCGUUACGAUGACCAUGCCGCCCCAUGGCACGACGACGAAUAUACAGGGACAAAGCGUGACAAUCAGCGCCAACCAAAUUAUAGUCGGAACAAGGUCAUUCAAGUUCAAUCCAGUCCAAGCACAGCCUGAAUCCGAAGUUGUAGUUGCGGGGGGCGAAAUGCUCACAGUUGCGGGUAAAAGCGUCGUAGUUGUGCAUUCAAAAACAAUCACGUACGGACCCGAUACACCGAUCACUACAGAAGUUGUUGAGGGCGACACGGUCACGAUUGGUCCGUCAGGCGUUCGUGUGCAUGGCCUUGUGCUAGGCGGCUUCCAAGCCAACGAGACGGACACGAAAUACGAGAUCAUCGGCGGAGCGACCAUAACCAAGAUUGCCCCUUCCGUCGCCAUCAUCAAUGGCGACACGUUCACCGUCGGGCCCGGCUCCCAUCUCACAACCACGGUGAUUGCCGGCCAAGAAUUCACACUCGGCCCCAUGGGCGUCAUUGUGUCAACCAUAACCCUAUCGUACCCAUUUGGUUCGACCGUCGUCACCACCAUCGCACCGACGGGUACCUGGCUCAAUACGCUUCCCAUAGAGACAAGUCGUUCCCCCAAGGACGACGAUGAUGACAGUAUGGGCCCUUCUAUACGACCAAGCCUGUCCUGUGCGGGCGUGGCACUUUGCAUAGCGAUUGGCGUUUUAGUAUUUGCAUAA